CAACCACCGACGAGCAGCUUCGCUCUUGUUUUCCUCUUCUCUCGUAUCGACCUUCGAUUCUAUCAACUUCACGCGUCUUCGUCGUCACUCCUUCGCCGUUUUUGAUUAUUCUCAUCACAUUCCUUUGCUUUCAGAGCUUGCAUCAGUUGCAUCAUAUUCGCAGCCCGAGUGUGGAAUGCCAGUUAAUUUCAAGUCCGACCACCGUCUGUUAUCCUCGAUCUUUGCCCGAACAACGCCAGUGGUAUGCAUUCCUGCUAUCAGAGACUCAUGACCGGAUACCCAAGCCAUGGAUGAUGCAGCCCAUGCUCAUCCUCACUCGCCCGCCGCCACUCUCGUACGCCCUCGGUCCACUACCGCUCUAGGCCUGUAUGAGCAACAAACAAACCAAACAGCUCCUCUUUCUGUUCCUCAUAAUCGCCAGCAACGCCUGUUGAAUACUCGCCAUGCAAGAUUUUCCGCUCAGACAUUAUCUGUAAAUGGUAUUACCAUACCCUUCCCUCGCCUAGGAAAGCCCACCGAAAACGAAAACCUUCACUACACAACGCCACGAAUGGUCAAGCGACAGGAUUCUGGAGAGUCGACAGAAAGAUCGCAAGAUGUGAGCACCGUGUCACCGAGAUCCUCUAUUCUGAACGAGAUCACGAAUUCAUCCAGUUACCGUGAACGAAGUUUGCAGAGAAGAGGUCCGAUCCCCAUCUUCCAAGACAACCCGGGCAAGAAUAGCAUGGAUAGUGGAAAACAACACACCCCUUCCAUAUACCAGGAUCCCUCUAGUGAAUUUCAAACACCCUCUGUUACUGGUUCUGGGUCAACCCCGGAGUCUACCGCGAUGGGCCUUAGAGAGGUCUCGGUUAAUCUCCACAGGAUGUCGCCUCGCAAGGAUUCUCCAUUUCGCUCUAUUCGAAGUGGUUCUCGUCGUCGGACCUCUCAUGCCAAACCUCGAUUCAACUCGGAAGAGUAUAUCGAUCACAUUGAAAAUGAGUUGCAGAUGGUCAAAGAUGCCAUGUAUUCUCCCACAACCAAUACUUCGUGGAAGGAAAAACUCAAGAAGGCGACGGAUGAGAAUGUGCGACUCAGGAAGGAGAUGGAAACCAUGAGGACUUCGUUCGAAUUGGAAUUACAAAAUACUGUCGAAAGGGCAGCGGCGACUGAACUGCACCUGAAGAGGAAGAUUAAGGAUCUCGAGGACGAGGUUGGGCUAAAGCAAACUCUUAUCCAAGACCUAGAGAUUGAUAGGGAGGAAAAGAAGGUGGACCAGACCACUUUCGAAGUUCUCAGAGCGAGACUUGACCGACUGGAAGAAGAGAAAGCAAGCCUGGGGGCCACCAAUCUUGACAUGAUGAAGCGGAAUGAAGUCUUGACUCAAUUACUGGCGCUCUCGCCUACGAAAACACAGCACACCUUUGAGCUUCCCACUCCUCGAAGACGAAGUGCACGGCCUAUGUCUAUGAUCGUCCCACGAGCACCAACGUCUCCUCCGACUCGGACACCAAUGAGUAGGCCACAAUCAGUUCUGAUCUCGCCCGCUCUUCCCAUUGCCGACUACUUCCCCUUCAACACUGCUUCCUCACCUGAUGUUGCAUCUUCCUGCGGUAUCACUCCAGCCUCUCCAAAAGUUCCCGAUGAUACGGACUCGGUUCGGUCUGGAUCCAGCACUUCCUACUCCCGGCUCACAAAUGCACAUUCUCGACGCCCGACCAAUAUGUCCCAAGCCUCGAGUAGCCCAGAUUCUGCGAAUCCUUCGGACGCCAGACCCUCGCAACCAACACGCCAACCUUCAAAACGGAGACCACGGAGGUUCAUGCCCGGUUCUACUCAGCUGAAGCCUUUGCUCUUAUCGACUUUCACGGCUGACAAUGGGAAUAUGCCUUCGACAUCGCCAAUGACUUCACCAAAGCGGACAUUACCCACGCCACUGCCCUGCGGAUCAUCUCACAUACCGCGAAGCCAUCAUACCACGAUAUCCCAGAGCACGACUGGAGACAUCAUGGGAAGUAGCGCUCCGAUCAGCCCGAUCAGUGAGGUAAUUGGUCAACCGGGGCCUUCCUUUCAGAGAUUGGACGAGGUUUUUGACCAGCACGAGGAACGUCUUCGCUCUGAGGCCAUAAAUGAGGCACUUGCGAAACUCACCCAAGGCCCUGACGAGGCUGAGUACAACACGCCAGUACAAUCCAAAGACGUCGAGAUGAUUGUCAAGGCUUCAAGCUCUGGCACCCCAAAGUCUUGUCCACGGGUCGACUCUUGGCUACUACGAACCUCCAUACCGACAUCCGAAGGUGAAGAGUCUGCCUACGAGGCUGACAUUGAUGGCGGAGAUAACAUCAUCACCAGUAUUCUCGCAGGAGAUUUGGACAGUCCAAAGCCUCCUUCACGACGACAUCUGGAACACGAUGUUGACAUUCCACGACCCUUGUUUUCAAUGGAGCAAGAAAUCCCAAUUGGGCCAAUACGCUCCCCAUCAUAUUACAAUGAGUCACCUUUGAAUCCUCGGCAGCGUCACAAAGCUAUCUUGGGCAACAAGGACAGGACCUCGGGGAGUUUCAAGGCUCGUGAGAAGGCUUUGAAGAGAGCAAGCAUGCCUGAGAGAACAAGACAGGCUCUACAUACAGACUUCAUUGUGGAGCGGGAAGUUGGUGACAACACAGAUCAGCAACGACAGUUGCCAAAGCGAGGCCGCAAUACCGCUCGCCCACGAAACCCUCUAGAGCUUCUUCAGCAGCGAAAUAUAGGCUCGCGGACAUUGGCAGCCAUAACCAUUCGCACUGUCUACGCGACAUUGACAAGGUACACCUCAUAUGUGCGGAGCUUCAGGAAAGACCCUCUUGCCCUCGCCCGUCGUGUUAUUGCAAAUGCAUGGCGAGCCAACUGGGGAGCGUUUGGCAAACUCAGUUGGUGGGUUCUUGGAUUAUUCCUUGGGCAUCGAAGUAUUGGCUAUGAGGAGUCUGAAUGGAAUUGGGAACAAUAUGAUGGCGAGAGCAUAGCCAAUAGGUAUUGCGAACAUCCCUCUGCAACAAUUGAGUCGGACACCAAGCCAGACGAACUGUCGACAUCCUCCGACAAACAAAAUGACGCUGUCUGUGGAAGUGACCCGACUUGUGAAACCAAUAAAUGUACGACGAAACCAAGCGGUCCUGGCUGGGGCCAAUCUUUAUAUCUUUGGGGCAAAUUCAGUGUUGCCAUCAUGCUUGCUGUUGGUGGAGCCAUUGUCAAAGGACCCGCAGAGAUGUUACGAGACACUGAAGACCAAAAGAGAUCGCGGCAACAUGGUACAGUCGACGAGGGUCGGUUACGUGGACCGGGUCAACAAACGUCACAAGACGACACAUGUCUCAAAUCCUCAGGGCAGGACAAUCACGCACACUCUCGUGGAUUUACAUCUGGCCUUGAACCACCUCCAUCCGAUCAUACCAUUCGCCGACGCCGAAGCCAUAGCUCACCUACACCUGCGCCGCGAGGCCUUCGAAACGACCCUUCGUGUAUUGAACGCGAAGACACGAUCAGUGUGACCCGACCGCAUGAGCUAGCUACAGCUGAUGAACCCUCAGCUCUCGACCAUUGUCAACAAAUUCACGACGAGACCUUGAAGCCAACAAGGAGCAAUCGUAUGACAGUAUUUAUGGAUGCACUUAUGGAGCAGGACAACAGUGACAUGCAGUUACUGCAGCUGGCCGACCAUGGUUGAGCUGAUCAAACUUUUACACGAGAGUACGGCCACUUCACGAUUUUGAGCAACCCCUGAAAGACGACCUUGAUAUAACGUCUGACGCUCGGGAAGGAGAUCUAUUUGUAUGAGUAAUGACUUUAUGAAUUGCGCUUUGUUAUUACCCUGCAGGAUGAGAUAAUAUUGCACAUGAACACAUUUUGUAUGAUACGACGAGGCGAGGAUGGGGCGUGGAACGUGGAACGUGGAACGUGGAUGAUGAUAUGUGUUAAUGAAGGAGCAUGCAGAAGAUAGGCAGCGCAUGAUUACCUACUCGAAUAAAUCGUGCUCAUAAUUCUACCG